GGUUGUGUCCCGUUUAGAAGUUGCAAGCUUUUACUUUAGGACAGACACGAGUGAUCUUCAUUGACAGAUAUUGCUUAUAGGUUGUUCUGAAGGAUCCUACCAUACGGUGUUACGGAAUUUGUAUUGCAAUUAAAUAAUACUGUACUUCAUAUCCAGUAAAAUGUGUGUUUAAUAACUUUCUGAUAGGCUACACGUUUUUAUCUUACAAACAGGAUACUUUAUUUUCUAACUGCCUAUUUUAUAAUGCCGCUAAGGAGAUAGGUCGACAUACAUACUGUCAAAUAUAUAUUGGGUUCGUUGGACUAAUACGUGUUGACCAUGGUCGGAUUGGAGUGAACAUUUUCGAGGAUAUUUGACGCCGCGGGUCUCAUUAACUAUCGGUCUACGGUUCGGUGGUCCAGUCAUGACGCUCGGUAGUGUGUCCGCCACCGGGACCUCGGCGGAGGGCUGCUUCUGCUCCUGCUGCGGAGUGAAAAUGACACCCUCCUUCUCCGACAACGGAGUUGUGUCUCAGAACCAGAUCAACCAACUCAUCAGCGACAGCUUCCUGACUGUGAAGGGCGCCGCCGUCUUCCUGCCUCGGGGAAAUGGCUCCUCCCCUUCCUCGGCGCCCGGCACCAGCCAGCGGCAGAACAAACACACAGGUGACCUCCAGCUGCACCUGCAGACCAUGUUCACCGUGCUGCGGCCAGAAGACAACAUCCGCCUGGCUGUGCGCUUGGAGAGCGCGUACGCUCAGCCUCAGUGCACGCGCUACAUGGUGGUGGUGUCCACCAAUGGGAGACAGGACACGGAGGAGAGUGUGGUGCUGGGCAUGGACUUUGGCUCCUCAGACAGCUCAUGCACAAUGGGGCUGGUUCUACCCCUGUGGAGCGACACACUGAUCCACUUGGACGGAGACGGGGGCUUCAGUGUGUCCACGGUCAACAGGGUCCAUGUCUUCAAACCGGUCUCUGUCCAGGCCAUGUGGUCCGCCCUGCAGUCGCUCCACAAGGCGUGUGAGGUGGCCCGCUGUCACAACUACUACCCCGGCAGCCUGUUCCUGACCUGGGUCAGCUACUAUCAGAGCCAGGUCUCCUCUGACCAGGUCUGCAUCAACGAGUGGAACGCCAUGCAGGACGUCCAGUCCCACCGCGCCGACUCGCCCGUCCUCUUCACCGACGUGCCCACAGAGAGGGAGCGCACAGAGAGGUUGAUCAAGACUCGCCUCCGUGAGAUCAUGAUGCAGAAAGACCUGGAGAAUGUCACCUCCAAAGAGAUUCGCACAGAGCUGGAGAUGCAAAUGGUGUGCAACCUUCGGGAGUUCAAGGAGUUUAUUGACAACGAGAUGAUCGUCAUCCUGGGUCAGAUGGACAGCCCCACAGAGAUCUUUGACCAUGUUUACCUGGGCUCUGAGUGGAACGCUUCAAACUUGGAGGAGCUGCAGACCAGCGGUGUGAGGUACAUCCUCAACGUGACGCGUGAGAUCGACAACUUCUUCCCGGGCAUGUUUGAGUACCACAACAUCCGCGUGUACGACGAGGAGGCCACCAACCUGCUGGAGUACUGGAACGACACCUAUAAGUUCAUCACCAAGGCCAAGAAAGCAGGGGCUAAGUGCCUGGUCCACUGUAAGAUGGGUGUGAGUCGCUCGGCCUCCACGGUGAUCGCUUACGCCAUGAAGGAGUACGGCUGGGACCUGGGGAGGGCCUUCGACUACGUCAAGGAGCGUCGCGGCGUCACCAAGCCCAACCCCUCCUUCAUGAAGCAGCUGGAGGAGUACCAGGGUAUCCUGCUGGCCAGUAAGCAGAGGCACAACAAGUUGUGGCGCUCCCACUCGGACAGCGACCUCUCAGAGCGCCACGAGUCUCUGCUGUGUAAGACGCGCCCUCACAGCCACACCUUGGGCCGCUCGGACCCCCACAACAACAACGGCCCCACCCCAUCCCUGCAACGCUUCCUGCUCCAGGCGCUUGGCGCCGCCAAUGACCCUAACAACAAGGCCGAGGGCUCCCACAUCUCAGACACGCAGUCGGAGCCCGUCCGACUCACUCGCUCACACUCCCACUCCCCUGGCCCGUCAGCGUCCGACGGUCUAUGUGACUCCCAGGAGAACCGGUCUUCUCGAGGGCGGGGACCCCGUCAGGACCCCUUCCUCCCGCCGCUGCCUGCUCCGCGGGCAGCUACGGUGGUGCCGGAGGAAAGAAUGGACAACUCUGCUCUGGCGGUGGUGGCCGUGACAGUGCCAAUCACCGCCGUCCCCCAUCCUCCCCCCUCACUGCAUAUCCUCCCUCCUUCUCUCAUUCCCCAGCCACUGGCCAAAUCCCUCCAUCUAGGUUUGAGCACACAGCUGUCCAGUCCUGUGCCUAAACAGAAAGACCAGAGUGUAGCGCUGACCCUGGAUCUGCCUGACCUCAGCAGCUCAGAAGUCGUAUCUCAGGCCACCCUGGAGUCCAGCGACGACUCGGACACCCUGGGAUGCUCCCUGUCAGACCCGCUGAGCGAGAGGGAAAGUGUCAUUAUGGCGUCCCCAGGGAUCCCCAUGGCCGUGAGCCCACUCACUGCAACAACGCCUCUGUCUUUAGGACCCUACGCCAAUGAUGACAACAACAACCCCAGUGGCGGCGGUGACAAAGACACUGUCCUCGCUAACCCUGUUGACACCACAUGUGUUACCGCGUCCUCCAACCUCAGCACAGACAGCAUUGACUUCUUCAGCGCCCGGGAGAAAUUCCUGGGCCUGUCCCAAGACGGAAGUACUCGGAUUCUUUCGGAGCAGAUGGCUCAGCGGACGCCUCAGCCGCGGUGCCCCAGCCAGGAGCUGCAGCCGCUGUCCCCCGAGAACCCUGCUGGAGCACUGCCAGUCACAGAGGAAGAGGAACAGGGAAAGAGUUCCCCCCAUACGGAGGACUGUAAUGACCGAUCCAGUUACGCCAAAGCCUCGCCGCCUCCCCAUCACGACAACGGCGUGUCAGUCCGCCAUAUCGUCACAGAGAUAGAGUCCAUAUCCCACCCCCCGGCAGCGACGCCCCUCUCCUCCGCUCAGCCUUCUCCCCGCAGCCCCCAGCAGCUGUGCCCAGAUGACCAGGACGAGGUGGCACCACUGACCUCGCCCUCCUCCUCCUACCCACAAUCCCCCUCCACGCCUCCCUCGGAUUGGCCGGCUGGCUCGGUGCGCAGGGCAACCAAACAGCUGGAGCAGAGGCUGAGGCAGGAGCUGGACUUAACUCUCAGCAACACGUCUACCCAACGCUCCCCUCUCCACUCCCCCAGUGCAGAGUUUCACCCCACACCCUCUCCUCUCCAAACGACAAGCACGGACUGCCCGCCCCUCCUCGCUCCUUCCACUGACGUCCCCCCUGCCCCUGAACAAGGAAGAAUACUGAACGAGGCUUUCACUGUGUCUGCAGAGCCCAAAGGAGACACAGAGUUCACCAGAGGAACAGAGGGAGGGUGUGUCGUCUUAGACAUGGACGUUGCCCCAGAGCCUUCCUUCUCUCACUACCCAGACGCCCCCAACACCCCUAAGCCAAUCCCAAUCAUCGUGUGUCCAUCUCUGGAGCCAUCUAGGGCCCAGCUCCGGGCCUCCCCUGCACUGCUGUGGCUGGAGGGGGUGACGGCCCUGGACUCAGACACGGAUCGCCCCUCUCCUCCCCCGCCCCACCACGGAAGGCUGGCCCUGGCACGCAGCAGUGAGGAGCUGGAGAAGAUCCAGGAGACCCUGAGGGAGCUGCAGGCCUUCCUGUAUGAGGCGGGGGGGCUAGGACUGGGGGCUGGAGAGAGACCUGGUCGGGGGCAGCAUCCACUCCAGGGCCUGCAUCACAGGGAGAUGCCCUUGUGGCAUAGGGCCAUGGAGAUCGAGGUGCGGAUCCGCCAGGCGGGCCUCACGCCCCCCUCCUUGAUGAAGCGCUCAGCCUCGCUGGCCAAGCUGGACUGCCUGGAGCUGUCAGCCAACGACCUGAGUGACUGGGACCUACGGCCCACCACUGCCAGCCCUCAUGGACCCCCAUUGGUACCCACCCCUCACCCCCGCUCUCACCAUCACCCCAGCUUAGAAGAUGUCUCCAAAAAGCAGCGGGUGUUGUCCUGGAGCCCCCCCACCACCCCCAGGGCCCCCCUAAAGGGGGUGUACCCACUGGACCCAGACAGGACUGAUACGGGCUCCCAGAUUGCAUGGAGUGAUCCCCCAUCUCCCUCCUCACCUCCAUUUCUUGUUCUUCAAGGGGAGGAGCUAGAGACAGACCUCUCCCCCCAGCUCACCCGCACCCAGUCCCCGAAGAGUGGGAAAAGUCACCUGCUGCGGCGGGUCCGCAAGGCUACCGACAAGAAACGGACUGCCACUGUGCUCUACAAUACCAUGUAACCUCACUACACUCGGCCCUAGGCCGAGGGUGUCAAUGAGUGUGUGUGGGGGUUGCCUAGGCCCUACAUGUGCCCUAUGUUCCAGACUGUCCCCCUUGGGCCCUUGUCUGUCGUAUGUGUGCACUGACUAGCUGUGUUGGACCCUAUGUAAUCUGUUAGUGUGGACUUGUGGUCUGUGUAUGUUCAGGUGAAUGCUGAGUCUGUGGAGGUAUGUGUGUCUGUGCCCCCCCCUCUUAUGGUUUCUAAAACAGCUGUAAUUUCUACAACUAUAAUUAGUGGGCUGUUUCUCAAACAACAUGCACUUUACUCUUGUUUUAAUCUUUUUUUAAAGUUGUUUUUACCUGGGGAAUGUUUUUGCACUGAUUCUAUGGUAGCCUGUCUGUCUGUGUCUGUGUGUGAAGAGACGUGUAAGUCACAUCCUUUAUUCUUAUUUUAAACGAGACAAAGUUGUUUUUUUAUCCUGUAGCUGUUACCUAUUAAAAUUUUUUUAAA